UAUGCAUAUAUUUAUGUUCCAAAUUGUAGGAAAUAAUCCGCAAGAAAUAAUGUACAAUAAUAUAUCAACUGCAUUACUUCCACGGUCUUCAUCGGCGGCGGCGUCGUUUGGGCGGCGCCGCCUCUUGUCGGGAACUCCUUUCUCUAACUCUCCCUCGAAUUUGGGCAAGAAAAACAGAAAUUGCUUAUUCAGAAGACCCGGAUUCAAGUCAAUGGCUUCAAUUUCGACCGAGGCUGAAGAGAAGCAGAAACCCUGGCUCCUCGUCGGCCUCGGCAACCCCGGAAAGCGCUACAGCGGAACACGCCACAAUGUAGGGUUUGAGUUCGUUGAUUUUAUCGCAGAAUCCGAGGGAAUUUCUAUGAGCACCGUCUCCUUCAAAUCUGUUUUUGGAAAAGGUUUCAUCGGAGAUGUUCCUGUUAUGCUUGCUAAGCCGCAGACUUUCAUGAAUGUCAGUGGUGAGUCUGUUGGGUCUCUUGUGUCAUAUUAUAAGAUCCCAUUGAAGCAAGUUCUUGUGAUGUUUGAUGACAUGGAUUUGCCUUUUGCUAAGUUGAGACUAUUACCCAAAGGUGGACAUGGAGGGCAUAAUGGGAUGAGAAGUAUUAUAAGUCACUUCAAAGGUAGUCAGGAUUUUCCUCGUUUACGAAUAGGAAUUGGGAGGCCUCCAGGUAAAAUGGAUCCUGCAAGCUUCGUUCUUCGCCCUUUCAACAAAGACGAGCGUCAAGAGUUGGAUUUUACUUUACAAAAUGGAUUAGAAGCGGUACGAAUUCUUGUUCAAGACAACUUCAAUAAAAGCGCCACCUUUGUAAACACUCCCAAAUCGCUUGGCACAACAUUAUAGUCAUUUACUUUUUUUUUUUUUUUUUUUUUUAUUAUUUUUAACAGGUGACUUAUUUAUUUUAUUUUUUCCAAUUUUAUAUCAUUAUUCCAAUCACAAUGAUAGGGGGAGCAACAGUUAUUAUUUAUAAUUUUUUUUAAUUUAUAUCAUCCUUUCAAUAACGGUGAUAGGGAGAGCAAUUUGUAUUGAUAUUUGAAAUCCCCGGUUCUGUUGUUAAUGAUUAACAUUGUAAAGUCAUGCAAGUUUUUUUGUUGCAUAUUUUCUAUAGUAUUAAGGGGAAUUUAUGCGAAA